AUGGCAGAUUGGCACCAAAGUGCGAGGUUCGAGGGCCGAAGUGGGAAAGCCACAGUUCCCGUCGAGGGAGGCGCGAAGCGCCAGGUUGAAGGAGGCACAGCGAAAGUGUAUCCGCGGACGGAUCCGGUUGCCAUUGGCCUGAUCCUUUCCCCGGAUGGCCGCCGGAUCCUCCUUGGCCGAAGCCACAAGUAUCCUGCUGGCAUGUAUACCUGCCUCUCCGGCUUCAUCGACUCCUGCGAAAGCGUCGAGGAGGCUUUCCGCCGUGAAGCAUUCGAGGACUGCCAGUGUCAUCUGAAGCUAAUAUCCGCUUGGGCAAAAGCCCUGAGGGUUGCGCAUGUAUUUCAUCCCCCUGUGACAUAG